AUGAUAAUCUCUCAGCCCAACCUGUUACCACCUGGGGAGUGUACUCCACCCAACCUGUUACCACCUGGGGAGUGUACUCCACCCAACCUGUUACCACCUGGGGAGUGUACUCCACCCAACCUGUUACCACCUGGGGAGUGUACUCCACCCAACCUGUUACCACCUGGGGAGUGUACACCACCCAACCCGUUACCACCUGGGGAGUGUGCUCCACCCAACCCGUUACCACCUGGGGAGUGUACUCCACCCAACCUGUUACCACCUGGGGAGUGUACUCCACCCAACCUGUUACCACCUGGGGAGUGUACUCCACCCAACCUGUUACCACCUGGGGAGUGUACUCCACCCAACCCGUUACCACCUGGGGAGUGUACGCAACCCAACCCGUUACCACCUGGGGAGUGUACUCCACCCAACCUGUUACCACCUGGGGAGUGUACUCCACCCAACCUGUUACCACCUGGGGAGUGUACUCCACCCAACCUGUUACCACCUGGGGAGUAUACUCCGCCCAACCUGUUACCACCUGGGGAGUGUACUCCACCCAACCUGUUAUCACCUGGGGAGUGUACUCCACCCAACCUGUUACCACCUGGGGAGUGUACUCCACCCAACCCGUUACCACCUGGGGAGUGUGCUCCACCCAACCCGUUACCACCUGGGGAGUGUACUCCACCCAACCCGUUACCACCUGGGGAGUGUGCUCCACCCAACCCGUUACCACCUGGGGAGUGUACUCCACCCAACCUGUUACCACCUGGGGAGUGUACUCCACCCAACCUGUUACCACCUGGGGAAAGUACUCCACCCAACCCGUUACCACCUGGGGAGUGUACUCCACCCAACCUGUUACCACCUGGGGAGUGUGCUCCACCCAACCCAUUACCACCUGGGGAGUGUACUCCACCCAACCCGUUACCACCUGGGGAGUGUACUCCACCCAACCUGUUACCACCUGGGGAGUGUACUCCACCCAACCCGUUACCACCUGGGGAGUGUGCUCCACCCAACCCGUUACCACAUGGGGAGUGUACUCCACCCAACCUGUUACCACCUGGGGAGUGUACUCCACCCAACCUGUUACCACCUGGGGAGUGUACUCCACCCAACCCGUUACCACCUGGGGAGUGUGCUCCACCCAACCCGUUACCACCUGGGGAGUGUACUCCACCCAACCUGUUACCACCUGGGGAGUGUACUCCACCCAACCCGUUACCACCUGGGGAGUGUACUCCACCCAACCCGUUACCACCUGGGGAGUGUGCUCCACCCAACCCGUUACCACCUGGGGCGUGUACUCCACCCAACCUGUUACCACCUGGGGAGUGUACUCCACCCAACCCGUUACCACCUGGGGAGUGUACUCCACCCAACCCGUUACCACCUGGGGAGUGUGCUCCACCCAACCCGUUACCACCUGGGGAGUGUACUCCACCCAACCUGUUACCACCUGGGGAGUGUACUCCACCCAACCUGUUACCACCUGGGGAGUGUACUCCACCCAACCUGUUACCACCUGGGGAGUGUACUCCACCCAACCUGUUACCACCUGGGGAGUGUACUCCACCCAACCUGUUACCACCUGGGGAGUGUACUCCACCCAACCCGUUACCACCUGGGGAGUGUGCUCCACCCAACCCGUUACCACCUGGGGAGUGUACUCCACCCAACCUGUUACCACCUGGGGAGUGUACUCCACCCAACCUGUUACCACCUGGGGAGUGUACUCCACCCAACCCGUUACCACCUGGGGAGUGUGCUCCACCCAACCCGUUACCACCUGGGGAGUGUACUCCACCCAACCUGUUACCACCUGGGGAGUGUACUCCACCCAACCCGUUACCACCUGGGGAGUGUACUCCACCCAACCCGUUACCACCUGGGGAGUGUGCUCCACCCAACCCGUUACCACCUGGGGAGUGUACUCCACCCAACCUGUUACCACCUGGGGAGUGUACUCCACCCAACCUGUUACCACCUGGGGAGUGUACUCCACCCAACCCGUUACCACCUGGGGAGUGUACUCCACCCAACCCGUUACCACCUGGGGAGUGUACUCCACCCAACCCGUUACCACCUGGGGAGUGUACUCCACCUAACCCGUUACCACCUGGGGAGUGUACUCCACCCAACCUGUUACCACCUGGGGAGUGUACUCCACCCAACCCGUUACCACCUAGGGAGUGUACUCCACCCAACCCGUUACCACCUGGGGAGUGUACUCCACCCAACCCGUUACCACCUGGGGAGUGUACUCCACCCAACCUGUUACCACCUGGGGAGUGUACUCCACCCAACCUGUUACCACCUGGGGAGUGUGCUCCACCCAACCCGUUACCACCUGGGGAGUGUACUCCACCCAACCCGUUACCACCUGGGGAGUGUGCUCCACCCAACCCGUUACCACCUGGGGAGUGUACUCCACCCAACCCGUUACCACCUGGGGAGUGUACUCCACCCAACCCGUUACCACCUGGGGAGUGUACUCCACCCAACCCGUUACCACCUGGGGAGUGUACUCCACCCAACCCGUUACCACCUGGGGAGUGUACUCCACCCAACCCGUUACCACCUGGGGAGUGUACUCCACCCAACCCGUUACCACCUGGGGAGUGUACUCCACCCAACCCGUUACCACCUGGGGAGUGUACUCCACCCAACCCGUUACCACCUGGGGAGUGUACUCCACCCAACCCGUUACCACCUGGGGAGUGUACUCCACCCAACCUGUUACCACCUGGGGAGUGUACUCCACCCAACCCGUUACCACCUGGGGAGUGUACUCCACCCAAUCUGUUACCACCUGGGGAGUGUGCUGUCUUGGUGUUGGUGAUCCUUGCGUCACAAGUGGUAGCCAGGGCCACUAUCAGCUCAGCUGGUUACAAUAAGAACAAACAAGCUCUCCAUCCUACAACACUCUUUGGAGUCACCACCUUGGGUGUUAAGAGGUCAUCAUCAUCGACCUCACCGCCUAACAGAGGUAUGAAACAGGAGCCUUUCAUGGACCCCAAACCAUCGCCAACAGAUUGCGUUGUCUGCGUUUCACCAAAUGCCUUGGAGUUGGAGUGCAGGUCUAUAGAUGACACCGAAAUUGCCCCUCAGCACUCCAGCAACGAUGUUGAUACCAUAACAUCCAGUCACUAUCGGGCCUAA